AUGUCAGAUCGACAGACUUUCCUUGCCCUUGUAGCCGGAGGAUCAUAUCGUCUCCGUUUCCUCACGAAUUCCAUCGAGGAUAACCGAGCCUGCUUCAAAGCUCAGAAUCAGAUCGCCCGCACCGUUCGUCAGCAACUCUCGGCCGGUAUCACCACAGUCUCUGAUAUUGUUGUAUUCUCCCUCAUAACCAUAUCUCUCGAUCAAAAUCCAUACCUCCUAUCAUUAGCACCGGAAGAUCGCUAUGCUGGUGACUUCGAUACCCCGGUCAAAUCUCUCGGUGGACUACUCUGGCUCGGCCUGAUGAGCUAUGAGCCCAGCCUUCAAACUAUGUGGAUGCAUCUUUUGAGGGCCAGGAAUCCCUCGCUGAGCAAUAAGGCGCCCGGACUUGCUGAUGGCUUACAGUCCAGCGAUCUAUUGAGAGCUAGCGCGCUGUUACAAAGGCCCGACUUGGAGAUGCAGGAAGCCUACUGCUUACAGGAAGAAGAAGCAGCUGCCGCCCGACCUGACGCGAGUGAGGUGGAUGCCUUCCAUGUUGAUGCACACUUCAAGGCCAUUCUCCUUGACAUUAAAGCCUGCUGCCGGCUUAUCGACGCCUUUUUUGGGCCCGUACAUCCCCUAUCCCCGGAAGCGACCGGAUUCGUUCAGUUUCGGAACCUGAUUCUCUACCGGCUCUUGUCGCUGCCACCCGGGGUGGCAGAGAUUUGCCGUCUGGCUGCGCUGGUCUUCAAUUAUACUGUUUUGUACCCUUUUCCAGAUCCGCGCAUCCUGUGGAAGCUGUGCCGCCAACUUGAGGGCAUUCUUUCCGAUCCGCAACAAACCACGAAUGAAGAUGCAGGCCUCUUGCUUUGGGCAGCUGUGAUUGGCGGCAUCGCAGCGGCUCGCACCGUUGCCUAUGACUCUUUCGCCAGCAGUGUCAACAAAUUUGCUGCCCUGCUUGGGUUGGAGGAUUGGCCCCAAACUGUGGCUCAUCUGGAAUCCUUCAUUUGGCAUGAGAGGGUUUGCGGGGUUGGUGGGAGGACUCUGUGGGCGCGGGCGCGGGCGUUGGCGUUGAGCAACAAAAGCUACGGAUACCUCUACUUGACGUCUCGGCCCAAAGCCACUAUCGAGGAAUGCUUCGGCUGA